GGACAACGGUCAUCAGCAGAAGUUCGAAUUCUGUCCUCUGUGAUGAUUCUUACCCACAAUGUCCGUCUUUUACUCGCCUACACCGGAGAACCUGCAGACGGGCCUGGCCUACAUGAGAGGCUCUGUGUUCGCCAACAACAGGACGGCAGACGUUGACCUCACCAGGGAGCAGGAGGAUGCAGCGGUGGCCAAUGAGUUAGUUUCUCACCUUCCCCUUCAAAUGCUGCUAUACUUCAACAUGUUUUACUUUCCAUGCUGGUGGUUUUCUUCAGUGUUCAUGUUAGAAGUAAAGUUCCACCACCUUGCAGGGUACUACCAGGCUCUGCUCAUAACUGGUCUGGUUCUGGUCACCGUCGUUGAAGUGAUUCGGCUUUAUCUGGGCUACACUGGAAACCUUAAAGAGAAGGUGCCAGAGCUGGCAGCCUUCUGGCUGCUCUCCUUCACCUUCCAGCUGCCAGUGCUGCUCUUCUUCGUGACCGAUGAAGGAACUAUCAUCCUGCCUCUGGAGAGAGCCAUCCACUCCAUCUACCUCCUUUUCCUCUUUGCUCAGAUCCUAGCAUCCUUCUUGGCUCUCAGGGCCAUGACCCGAAAGCUCACCCUUCUUUUUUACCUACGCCAGUUUGGUAAGGUGGAGAGCCUGCACCACCCAGAGAUGAGCCCCGUCUGUGGGCUUGCCUACAACCGCAGCGUGCUGCCCAGUUCACCCACUCCUGAAGUCUACCAUUAAAGACCAACUUCACUGAGGGUUAGGCUAACCCUAACCCUAACCCUAACCCUUAGCUACCAAAUGAAAUAGCCAAUCGUAGGAGAGCCCUUCUAGCCAAUCAGAGUUGAGAAAGGCAGGACUUUCCUUGGAAAUCUUACUAUUUCAAUAUCCGUGCACCAGGGCGGACUGACAGAGAUAAGGCUGACAUUUGCACCAUCGGCCCCACUGAACACCACCAACACAGACACGUCGAGUAAGUGUCUUGCCCAAGGACACAACAGCAGAAUACCCUGGCAAUAGCUGGGAUUGAACCAAGCCCCCACAAUGAAGCAAAACAGGAAGUGAGAAAAAUUGCAGUUCCACCCUCAUCCACUAGGGGCUGGUGUCAGAAGCGAGCAAAUCCUCAUUGACUCCCAUGUUAAAAAUACCAAUUUCACAGCAGAAAUAAACAUGUUUACAGCCUGGUACCAGAACAUGUUUUAGGUUUAAAUGAUCUAGUUUACACUCAUGACAACUCUGAGGGGGUGAAUGUUUUUCUCACUUUUCUGUUUAAGUGUAUUAAAAGCCUAAAAUUUUGUAUAAUUAAUGAGCAUCAGACCCACGUGACCACAGAGCUAGCUCCGUGGAAAGGCCUCAGUAGAGCCUCGGUCUGGCCUGGAAACUGCUCCGGGAUUUUGAGUCUCUGUGUGUGUGUAUUCUUGUUUGGAUAUUAUUUGUGCAAUUGUUGGACAAAAUGACUUGCUGUGGCAUUAAUUGCACUAAUAGAGCGUCCAAGGAGUCUCCACUUCAUUUUUUUCGGUAAGUAAAAUUAUAUUUAUGUAUUUUAGGUCACUGCCGAGCUGAGCUUAGAUUUUAACAUGUACUGUUUAACCAUGAAAUUUACAUGUAAUAGGGUAAAACCCAGUGCAUUUAACAUAAUGCUGCACUUUAGAAAAUGGGUUGAAAUAUAACAUGUUGGUGGAGCUGGGUUCCCACUAUCGGUAUGGUCCCCUGCCCUCAGCGGCAGCUCGGCGCAUCUCUGACCGCAGCGGCGCCUGUCUGCUGUGCGGCUGCCGGCUUGUGGAGGUCUCGGGAGACCUCUGUCUUCUACCACUUCUACCCAGCGGUCAGCCCGGCGUAUCUCUGACUCAGAACCUCUGGUGUUGUGCACAGUUAACUCCUGUUGUUGCUAGGUAGCAACCUCUGUUAGCUUAGCUCCCACCUCCGCGUUAGCUUUGGGUUAGCUUGAAGCUACAUCGUUUCAGUUCGGCGGGUGUCGUUAUUUGAGCCCAGCCUUACAGCCCCACCCUCAGCUCCACCUCUUUUCCCUUUUAUGGAAUUGUCUGGGCUUGACGGAACCUGUAACACGGUCAAAAUGGCGGUGGUGGCCACCUCCCAUUUUGGCACAAAAACUUAUAAUUGGAGCCUACGGACAGGAAUUGUCCAGUAUAUAUGUUGAUGGGUUGAACCUGCAGUCUUCUACUGAUACUGGGAAACCCGUUCUACCUCCAGAGCUGUCGCUGCUCCAGUACUUUUCACUAUACUUGGGAACAAAUUCAUUCCCAGAAGUUAUUCAUCUCCUAAAUGUACACAGAGGAGCCACUUUUUUUUCUUUUAAUAUUUUCAACAAGGUUGAGAAGAAAAAUUAGGUCAAAGUGUCCCACACAUAAACAGUUUCGCAUUUUAAAAGCUCCUCUUUUCCUUGAUUGAACACAUCCCUGCCUUGUGUUGGACAUUUCAGCUUCAGAAAAAAUGGCUCAGUAAAAAACUGUCAAACAUUUAUGACCACAGAGGGGCAGUCAGUGACCAGAAGAGGGGCGAGAAGCUCCUGACAACGCUGCAGAGCCCAGCCAGGACAGAUUAUUAUGCAGCACGUGUCUGGAUCGGGAAACCCUCUGGCAGAGGAAUAAAGGUUAGACCUGUCUAUGGCUGAACAUCGCGUAUUAUUUAAUGAUUUAUGAUGCCAGCUUUAGCAUACAUGGAAAUCAAUAGCAUCAUUUGUCAAAAGGCUGUUUUUCCCCUCAGCCAAACACAAAAUGUUGAUGUAGGUUUUACAAGCUUGUAAUGUGAGGUAUCACGUCUGAGGAAACUCAAGCCUGUUUUACAUUCAGAAAUAAGCUGCAGUAAGUGCUGCGCCGGUAGCUGCCUAACAGAAAAUAAAAAAUGUCUAUAAAAGGAGGUGGAAAAAUUCUACUUCUCAUUUUGCAUAGAGCAGAAAAAAAUAACCAAAACUCAAGUUUGAUUCUCUUUCAUGUCUAAGAAGGCAUGACAUCUGUCGGGCAUCACGCAAGGCUCGGUGUAAUUCAUCAGUAAAUGUGGCUCGGAAAAGCUAAAAUGGUUCAGCACAAUCACAGCAGCAUUCAACCUCAUCUGACUUUCAUUUGUGUGACCUUUACAAAACCAAAAGCUCGUUCGGAAGAUGAGUCAGGUAGGUGUUUAGCUACAGUCACAAAAAUCUUUCUUUUUGCAUUUUAAAAACUUGAAAAGUGUAAUUUCAAGUUUCAAAUUUGAAGAGACGAUCCACAUGGAAACCGUUUUUUCUACUUACUUCUUAUCUCCUGGCUGGCUCGCCAUUCUGUAAUGAUUUAGAUUACAUGUUAUUUAAUGAGCCAUAAGGCGUAGGAUUCCAUAGGAAAUAUGAAAUCCACCUUACGGAUCUGUGAGGUUAUUUAAACCAGAAGAUUGGAACUUUUUAAUGCAGGGAUUAGAUAACCGCUCGUAUUCACUCAGAGACAACAGAAGAGAGAGAGUCAAGUUUAAAAGUUAAGAAUUUUAUUACUAAUAAAUUAAUUUAGACUGACUUUAACACUAAAAGUGUGGUGUAACUAAGGUGAAUGAGACGGUGAAUGGGAUGACGUGUGAUGUUGCUCUGAACCAGCAAAUCCGAAGAAGCGAUUAGUUCUGAUGGGAACUGAAGGUGAUGUCUUCGCAUUAAGCUUUGGUUAGGAGGUUCAUAAACACAUUCAACGCCAUUUGUCGGUCUACAUACCCUGAGUGGAAGUCCCCGUCUAGAUCAGGAGGUGUAAAGGUCCAGCUUGACCUUAUGGAGCAGGAGCCUGUAGAAGCAGCCACGGCAGCCGACCACCCGUCUUGAGAUACUUCUGGGUCACGACAAUUUGUUGGCGUCUGGUGAGACCCAAAACUGGGUCUUGAUGGUUCAGCUUUUAUUCUGAAAGGAACCGUUGCGGCAGUGGGAACAGCAACAGAUUUUAUCCAGCUUGUCGUUGGUUCUUUCGGCUGAAGAGGAAAGUUACGGAUUGGCCACUCCGACAACUUCUCUAGAACGCUUUGAACUGGCGUUAAAGAUGGCGAGGGCAUAGUUUUAUACUUCGUAUGUUUUGGUUUAUGGUCGAAUGAAAAGAUGACAGAUUUACCAAGCACCACCAAAACCACGCCUCCGUCAGAUCUGGCAGAUUCUGAUUGGAUCAGUAAUGUGUCAUGUCUUUUAACGCUAAGUGAGAUCAGUCCUAGUGGAAACAUUUAAAGUCAUAGUACCUUUAUAUUCUAUAGGAUCAUAAUAAAGUAAUUAAUAUUUUCAUUUCACAGAUCGGUCACAUCUUGAGCUGAAAAUAAGCAGGUUAGAAGGAAUGCAUGAGACCUUGAGGCCACAUCUCAUGCAGAUAGUUCUGUGUCAGAGGAGGGGGGGGGGGCAGUCAUUUCAUUCUGUUACAAUAAUCAGUCACUCUGAGUUUAACAUGGAGCUGAAUGUGAAAAUAAUCUUCUACCCCUAUUUCCUGAAUUACCUUGUGAUAGAAAAUAGACAGGAAAAUGUUCAGUUCAGAAAAGCCUGACAGAUCUAUGUCACACCGUUAAACAACAUUCAUGGACUCACCCAUCUUGACUCAUAACGGGGAGGAUGUUGUUGGUUUAGCGUCCAGGAAACAGCAGAGAACGUCUCAGCUAGUAGAAACUAACCAUUAGCAUUAGCAACUCCACCAUACAGCAGAGUUCCCUCAGGCUGUAUUUUUGGAGAUAAAACAUCAAAAUUGCAGCGCAAACAGAAUAAGUGUUGGAGUUGCAUUCCUGUUAGCCAAUCAGAGGCGAGAUGUCCAAAUAUCAAGACUCCAAACCCUGCCUUCUGAAGCCACUUUCUCCUCGACUUCUCCGUUCUCAAACAGGACCACCAGGACUUCCCCCCAAAGAACAAAUGACAAGGCAUUCAUUCCAACUAGAGACCACUGCAAAUGUAUUACACAUUUGUAAAGUGACCAUUGAAGUUAAUGUAUUAAAAGUACAACAGCAAUAUUUUUAUACCAGUAAAAUUAAGAAAAUAUUUCCAAACCUGCUAAAGUAUGUGACAGGAUUUUUUCUGCUGUGGGUUCAUGGACAUAUUUACAUAUCCGGGCAUAAAGAUUUGCAUAUAUAUUGUUCCUCACAUCCUCUUCUUCCUAAUCUCUGUGGAAUACUGAUUGCAGAACCUGCUAACUUAAUAUGUUUUUAAAAUAAUAUGGAGUGCAAUGAUGAAAUGUGAUUAUCUAUGCUACUUUUCAAGUAUUUUCUACGUUAUUGGUAAAAUAAGAAACGUUAACUCAUAAACAAUACACCUAAAUAAAUUGAACGUGUGUGAUGAAAUGUAAAAUUGUUUCAUGAAAUGAUUCACAACACUUGUUGUUUUUAGGAUAUUGGUUUAUUUUGAAAUAAAUUAUAAAUUCACAUUUGCUAAAUGUCUUCAAAGGACAGAAACAACUGAAAUGUAAGUCUUAUUUUAUAGUUCCAUUUGUAACAAGUGCCUUUCAAAGCGAUACACAUCCACAAUCCCUACUGGUGGUGUGUCAAAGUCCAACUGGGCAACAGCGAUGAACAAAAAGGUUACAGGAAGGUCUCAUAAAUAAAAAUCAUGGUAAGAGUUCAACAUUUGUUGGACCUAAACAUUAAAAAGUGGAAAAACCUGUAAUUAAAGACCAAGUUUUAAGGGAGAAAUAAAUUAAAUUCUUAGGCCUGAAGGUGGCGGCACGCUCUGUAAAACUUUGCUCCAUUAAUGGAAGAGAUUUGGAAAAUAGGGGUGAAAUUAAAGCAGAAGUGAGGGAAACUCUGUGAAAAAAGAGAUAUGACUGAAGCUCGUCUGAGCAAAUGAAAUGCUCUUAAUUCCAGACAAGACAUUUGUUUGUA